GUGGAGACAACCCCCACUACAACGACUUCGACGGGAGUAGCAGCAACCCUCCUAAACCAGAACCGCAAAACGCAAUCACCAUCCUGAACAACGUCCUGUUGCGAAAAUCGGUCAUUUCGAAACUCUCCCGAUACGAUUUGCUCCUCGGCGUGGUAAAGGCAGAAGCGUACUUCGCAUUCAACGGGGAGGACGUCCAAUACGGAAUCGAGGCGGACAGAAGAUCGAAAAUUCUGAGGACAUUCGUCCGGAAUACGUACAGUUAUCAUUUGUCCGAAAUCCUGGCGACGAUCGUGAAUGAGUACACGGACUGGGAAAGGCCCGUCCAGCAUCCGAUUAAUAUUAGGGACGAAACUCUCGAAGCUUUAUCCGAUGCACAAUACGUGGCUCCGGUUGUGCAUACUGCCGAUUUGCACUCAGCCGAGCAUAGAAAUUCCUACUUGUACGUGUUUGAUUAUCAGACGAAGUUCGGAGACUAUCAGCAG